CAUCCUUUCGGAAAGCGGAAGUAGUUCAUGUUCCUUUUCCGGUGUCCCGGGAAACAACAUGGCGAAUUUAAAGCAUGCCGAAGACGAACCAAAACACGUGAAAAUGCCUGGUGAAAUUCCAGGGACUUGUUCUCAAAACACGGGGACAGAACUCUCCUCUGUGGUGGGUGGGUACGUAAGCGAGGUUACGUGUUCAGUGCCGUCCUUUGCCGCCGCUUCCGAACUGGUGUCGGCGCCGUACUCAUGUCUGGUCAUGAACACUCACCGGAGACACGUCGCCAUGCCGCCCUUGUACCUGAACAAGAAGAGGACUGGUUUGCGAGAGGAGUUGGAUGCCGAACUGUUGAAGUACUCAACGAGCCUUAAAGGUGUACCCGUAGCUUAUGACGACAUCCGGAUUGUGGGCCACCAUGGAGGCAUUUAUGAUGACAGCGGAUACAUCCACAUGGACAUAGAGGCCAACUUUAUUAUAUUUCAACCUACAAAGGGACAAAGACUGCUGGGAAAGGUGAAUAAACUCGGUGUGAGUCACGUGGGAUGUCUGGUGCACGGCUGCUUUAAUGCCAGCAUUCCCAAACCAAACCUGCUUUCUGUGGAUACGUGGCGGGAAGCGGGGCCAAGUAUUGGAGCCGAGUUGGAGUUUGAGGUGACUACGCUUGAUGCCGACACUGCAGGAGUGCUUCUGAUAAGAGGAAAACUGGACAGAACCAAGGUUCAGGAACUCCUGGCCAUUGCUGAGACCUCAGAAACGGACAUCUCUGUUAAUCAACCCGAGCUACAAGUAACAGAACCAGCAGCAGAACCCACCGAGGAGUCUGUCAUGGAGGAUUCCUCCAAGAAGAAGAAAAAGAAGAAAAAAGAUAAAACCAAGGAGGAAGCAGUGGAAGAGGAAAUAGGGCAGGAUAACAACAAUGCCACACUAGAGAAGAAUGGAACCGAGAGUGAUGUCAACAGCAACGAACCCGCUGAGAAGAAGAAGAAGAAGAAAAAAGAUAAAACCAAGGAGGAAGCGGUGGAAGAGGAAAUAAUGCAGGAUAACAACAAUGCCGCACUAAAGAAUGGAACCGAGAGUGAUGCCAACAGCAACGAACCCGCUGAGAAGACGAAGAAAAAGAAGAAAAAGAAGAGGAUCAAAGAAGAGGAGGAGCAGGUCCACCUGUCUCCCAUCGAGAUCCAUGCCAGUGACUCCAGCGGUUACCAUAGUGACAAGCCCAACAAGAAGAGGAAACGUGAAACGGCGAGCGAAGAAGUCCCAUCAGGUUUUAGUCAAGAAGCACCAAAAACCAGGAAGAAGAGGAAAAGUGAAAUUGUGUGAAAAAAAAACACAUUCAGGAAACUUAUGAAAUGCCUUAAUGACGUCACAUGAUUUACACGCCAGCAAAACACCAACUUUCAGGUUUUCAGGGCUCUGAGGAUUGCAAUUCCUGACUUUGACCUGAUGGGGGCGGAAAAAUGCAAGUGAGAAAAAUACCAUGUGUAUUUCUUUCCCAUUGUGCCUCCAACUCCCGCCUAAUUCUUGACUUAAACAAAAGUCUCAUGUGAUCACCUGCAGUUAAAGACAAUUUUACAUGUCAAAUAGCCAACAAAGUGACUGCAGUUUAUUUUAUUAGUCUUGCAAGGACAGAUCCCAAAGAAUAUGCAAAAUAAAUAUAUAUACUGCUAUUGAUAAAA